CUGCCCCCUGCCAGUCGCCACUCCCUCCCCUUGUUCUCACCCCUUUGCCCCGUCACACCUCCCCCUUCUUUCUCUCCCUGCUCUUCCUUCUGAAUCUUACGUUGUGCCAUUGGCUUUGGUGAAGGGGCUGGGGGAGGGAUCUCGCGAUUAUUGAACUAUUUUUUUUUUUUCUGGGGGGUGUGGGGGGUGGGAGGUUAUUUGGAAGAUGGCGCCCGUUGUUACGGGGAAGUUUGGUGAGCGACCUCAGCCUAAGCGUUUGACAAGGGAAGCUAUGAGGAAUUACUUGAAGGGGAAAGAUGAUCAGACGGUGCUCAUACUACAUGCAAAAGUUGCACAGAAGUCAUAUGGCAAUGAAAAAAGGUUUUUCUGCCCUCCGCCAUGUGUUUAUCUGAUGGGCAGCGGCUGGCAGAAGAAGUUAGAGAAUAUGGAGAAGGAGGGUUGCACAGAACAGGAGUCCCAGCCAUGUGCCUUCAUUGGGAUAGGCAACAGUGAGCAGGAGAUGCAGCAACUCAAUCUGGAGGGGAAGCACUUCUGCACAGCUAAGACACUGUAUAUCAGCGACUCAGAUAAAAGGAAACACUUCAUGCUGUCUGUGAAAAUGUUGUACGGGAACAGCGCCAACAUAGGACUUUUCCUAAGCAAGAGGAUCAAGGUCAUCUCCAAACCCUCUAAGAAGAAACAGUCCUUGAAAAAUGCAGAUUUGUGUAUCGCUUCAGGGACUAAAGUGGCAUUGUUCAACCGCCUGCGUUCCCAGACUGUCAGUACCAGGUAUCUUCAUGUGGAGGGGGGAAACUUUCUUGCCAGCUCCCAGCAGUGGGGUGCCUUCUACAUUCACCUCUUGGAUGAUGAUGAGUCUGAAGGAGAGGAAUUUGCCGUGAGGGAUGGCUAUAUUCACUAUGGCCAGACGGUGAAAUUGGUCUGUUCUGUUACUGGCAUGGCCCUGCCCAGACUGAUCAUUCGCAAAGUGGACAAGCAGGCUGCAUUACUGGAUGCAGAUGACCCCGUGUCCCAGCUUCACAAGUGUUGCUUCUACCUGAAAGACACGGACAGAAUGUAUCUCUGUCUGUCUCAAGAGAGGAUCAUCCAGUUCCAGGCCCCAGCGUGCUCCAAAGAGACUAACAAGGAAAUUAUUAAUGAUGGGGCCUGCUGGACCAUCAUUAGCACUGACAAGGCAGAAUACACAUUUUAUGAAGGUAUGGGCCCUGUCCCCACACCGGUCACACCUGUCCCUGUGGUGGAAAGCCUGCAGUUAAACGGAGGGGGAGAUGUGGCAAUGUUGGAGCUGACAGGACAGAACUUCACCCCUAACCUCAGAGUGUGGUUUGGAGAUGUUGAGGCUGACACCAUGUACAGAUGUGGAGAGAGCGUCCUCUGCGUGGUGCCGGACAUUUCUGCCUUCAGGGAGGGCUGGCGCUGGGUGAGACAGCCAGUUCAGGUCCCUGUCAUGCUGGUCCGCAAUGACGGAAUCAUCUACUCCACUGCCCUCACCUUCACCUACACCCCUGAACCAGGGCCACGGCCCCACUGCAAUGCUGCUGGAGCUAUUCUGCGGUCACAUAGCACCUCUUCGUUGUCACCAGCAUCUUCAUCCUCACCAUCAUCCUCUUCAGGGGGACUCGCGGAUGGCCAAGGGGCUUACAACAGUACUGAUUCAGGCAUGUCGUCUGGGGCAUCAAACAUGUCGCUGCCGUCAUAGUAAUACUUAUUCUGUGUGAUUGUGUUGUUUGUUGUGUGUGUACUUUGAAUGACCCACUGAGACAAUGUGUGCACAUACUUUCCAAAGAGGCUCGUGGACCUGUGAGUAAUUGUGCACGCAUUGCAGACUAAGAAACCCUUCAUUAGAGAGCAACUGUGAUCAUUGGGAAUGCCUAAGAGAGCUGAGGUUAAAAAAGACGUGGCUAAAGAAAAUUCUGAGGAUGACUGAAUCAUCUCUGUGUCUCCCUCUUGUGGUUUCUGGUGCAUAUGUCAAAGGACCUUAAGAUCCAAGACCUUCACCUGAAAGAAGAUGAAUCUGCCUUGUAACUCUCACAGCAACCUGACUUGUACAGUGAACAUAUUGCUUUUAUAUGCCUGUGAGUUUUUCACGAUGUUCUCUUUUUACUUAGGUUGUGUUUUUACUGAAAAGCUUGAGUUAACUCUUGUGUGCAAGGGAAAAAGUUUUAAGAGUAACAUAGUUUUUACGGACCAAGGAAUAUUAUUAUAUUAUUUUAUUCAUAUUAUAUUUUAUAAGCUUUUGCUGAGGUACAUUUUUACAUUUUUUGUGUGAUUCUGGAUAGUAAGUUCACCUUUGUUACCAAAUAGAAGCUGUUUACUCUUAUUGAAGUUUGGCCUCAUUGGGUUGGUCAAGAUGGAAAUGGCUUGUAGUGUGUCUCUUAAUCUGACUGCUGCUCCUCUGCUUUUCUCCUUUAGAUAAUAGUUCACCAAAUUCAUCAUUACGUAUCAGGCAUUACAGUGGUCUCAACUAUCCUGCAUGAUGUAUAUAACAGGAAAAGAAACAACCAGGCGAAUGUUUUUAGGAGACUCAUCAGAACUCUGCCUGCAAUCAUUACCUUACAUCUUCUUAGGCUUAACUUGAUCAGUCCCACAUUACUUUUCUAUCGAAAAUGAUAUUUUUCAUUUGUGUAUGUCUGUGACAAUAUGUAAUACACUAUCAGUGUGUUCUGAGAGAGGCCUGUGUUUUCUAAUCAGCAUGCAGUUCAUUGUUCCAAAGUGCAUAUCUAAGCACAAUCAGUGUGUUUGUGUGCACAGCAGCGCUUAUUUCCCUGAAGCCUUUAAAAAAAGUUACGGUACUUGGUUUAUGUAAAUUACUGUUAAGUCAACUCAAAACGUGCUACCUGAAUGCAAAUACAGUAGAAGUAAUUUUA